AUGGUCUUGCGCAGCCGGUCGCGAACCAUCUUCACAGCUCCAUCCUCGCAGAACUUGCGUAUCGGGAACCACGUAAUCUUUCAGAGAUCAUUUUCUAUUUCUCGCUCUUCAAGAUUCCCGGACACGAGAACGAUGUCGGACGCCCAGUAUCAGAGCGUGAAGAUUAACAGGGAGAGGUUGUGGAGGGAUCUCCACGAGACUUGUCAAUGGGGGAUGGGGGAGAGGUGGGGAGAGGGAGCAACCGAUAUUGGCAUGAAGCGCCUGACGUUGACAGACUCGGAUAAGAAGGUCCGGGACUGGUUCGUCAAGACAACAGAGUCUCUCGGAUGCAAAGUUUCGAUCGAUGCUAUGGGCAAUAUCUUCGCCGUACGCCCUGGAAAGAGAGACGGACCUCCAACCUACGCAGGAUCACAUCUCGAUACUCAACCUACCGGCGGCCGCUACGAUGGCAUUCUCGGCGUCCAUGCCGGCAUAGAGGCUUUGAAAACCAUGAACGACCACAACAUCACAACCGAGUACCCCACCGGGGUCAUAAACUGGACCAACGAGGAAGGCGCUCGCUUCCCCAUCUCCAUGAUCGCCUCCGGCGUCUGGGCUGGAGCGUACACGCUCGAGAAAGCCUACGGCCUCGUUGAAGUUGGCGGUGGAACAGCUACGCAGAAGUCCGAGUUGGAGAGAAUCGGGUACCUGGGAACGAUGAGGGCGAGCUAUGAGGCCAACCCGAUCGGGGCGCAUUUCGAGCUGCAUAUUGAGCAAGGGCCUAUUCUGGAGAAGACGGGUGGGAAGAUUGGGGCUGUGGAGGGCGUGCAGGCCUACCGGUGGUUUACAAUCACUGUAAAAGGUGCAGACUGCCACACCGGAACCACAGAUUUCCAGAAUCGCUCCGAUGCUAUGCUCACCGCAGCCAAGCUGAUCCUCCACAGCCAUAACAAGGCUACAGAGCUCGGCUGUCUAGCUUCAACUGGUAUCCUGACUCUUAAGCCUGGAUCCACAAACACAGUGCCUGGAUGGGUUCAGUUCUCCCUUGAUAUCAGAUCCAAGGAAGAUGCUGUCUUGAAGAGACUUCAAGUAGCCCUAGAACUGGAGUUUACUAAGAUUGCAGCUGGCGAAGACAUAGGAGGCUUGAACGCGUUAGGAACGAAAGGUAGAGGUUGUACGGUUGAUUGGCAGCUAGAUGCAGAUUCUCCGGCAACCAAGUUCCAUGAAGAUUGCAUCAAGUGUGUGGAAGCAAGUGCGGCGGAUAUGCUUGGAACAAGUGCUGAGGGGAAAGUACUAAGAAUGACUUCUGGCGCUGGCCAUGACAGUGUUUACACUUCGAGACGAGCCCCAACCUCAAUGAUAUUCGUACCUUGUAGAGACGGUGUAAGCCAUAACCCAUCGGAGUACUGCAGUAAGAAUGACUGUGGAAAUGGAGCGGAGGUCCUGCUUGGAGCAAUGCUGCGAUAUGACCAGCUGAGGGCGGAAAAAGGAGCGUAG